GCGACGGGUAAACGCCGUUGUGGGGCGGUCCUGUCGAGGGCGCCGGAGCGAGGUUGGUACUCUCGGGCUCCCUCGUGGCUCGAGGGUCAGGCGAGCGUCACGCGGAGGUUCGUUUCCCAGACGAGCACGGAACGGCCGGGGCCACAGAAAUUGUACUCCUCUUAGGGUGCUCUUCGCCCUCCAGGAACCCCGGAAGUGGCUGUCAGGUUCAGGUCUCCGAGGAAGGCCAGGGUGGUUCCUGUUUUCCAGGAUGGACUUCCCCAGCUCCCUCCCGCCCUCGUUGUUUGCGACUGGCCCCCUUGGUCUGAGCGAUGUCCCUGACGUGUCCUUCAUGUGCAGCUGGAGAGACGCGCUGACCCUGCCGGAGUCCCUGCCCCAAGGUUCUGAGAACACGGCGCUGCACGUGGCCAAGGGCCUGCUCUGGGAGCCGGACACCCCUGGGCCGCUGCCCUUGCUGCCUCCUGGUGCUGAUCCCUGGGACCCCGGUGUGACUGCCCAGGAUCUGCUUUUCCGGGGAGGUUACCAGUUCCGUAGACAGCCCCAAGCCGUGCUGGACGUUACUGAGCAGGUAAGCGGCCCCACGGCGGACAGUGCCACGCGGCCGGGGCUGUGCCUAGUGACCUGGCCUCCUUUCCUCCUGCAGCUCAGCCGGUUCUUGUGGGACCAUGGGGACAUAGCCUUUGCACCCCUGGGGAAGCUGAUGCUGGAGAAUUUCAAACUGGAGGGAGCACGGAGCCGCUCUAAGAAGAAGACAGUGGUCAGCGUGAAGAGGCUACUCCAGGACCUCGGUGGACACCAGCCCUGGGGCUGUCCCUGGGCUUACCUCAGCCACCGCCAGCGCCGGUUCUCCAUCCUUGGGGGCCCGAUCCUCAGCACGUCGGUGGCGAGCCUCCUGGGGGAGCUACUGCAUGAGGAGCUGGCCCUGCGGUGGGAGCAGCUGCUCCUGGACGACGCCUGCACUGGGGGCGCGCUGGCCUGGGUGCCCGGCAGGACGCCCGGGGCUGGGCAGCUGGUCUAUCCUGCAGGAGGCGCCCUGGACAGGCUGUACUUCCAGAAGGUCAACCUGACCCCAGGCAGUGAGCCCCGGGUUCUCGGAGACCCUGGCCAUAUCCGGCUCCGGGGACCUGUCCGGCAGGUGGUGACCCGCACCGUGCAGGGAGAAGGUAAGGCCCAUAGACACCUCCCCCAUCCACUCACUGACCUGUUGCCUGACUCUGACCCUGACCCUGACCCUCUCCAUCCCUCAGCUCUGCUGGCUGUCCGCUCUGACUACCACUGUGCCCUGUGGAAGCCCUCACCUGCCUGGAGAGCUGGCCAUCUGCAGCCGUUCCGGAGCCAUCUGUCUGUGGACUCCCCAGGACGGGUAACGCCCCUUCCCCAUAAAAGCCCUCCACCCCAACCAACGGCUCCCGCAGAACCCGGCCCAUGUCCUGGACACCAGGCCAGGUCACCCCAGCCUCCCCCCAUCAGCCGGUCUCCCCACCAUGGCUGGCCUGUCUCCCCAAGGCUGCAGCAAAUCUACAAGGACCCCGAGACCCUUGUGUUCCGGGACCCCUCUCCCUGGCGUUGGGCAGACUUCACCGCCCACCCUCGAGUGCUGACUGUGGGUGAUCGCACCGGAGUGAAGAUGGUGGACACUCAGGGCCCGCAGGGCUGUGGUCUGCUGCUUUUUCGUGGAGGGGCAGAAGCGUCAUGCCAGAAAGGGGAACGGGUCCUGCUCACCCAGUACCUGGGGGAGUGCGGCCCCGAGUGUCUGCACCCCACGCUCCACCUCAUCUGCACCCAGUUCUCGCUCUACCUGGUGGAUGAGCGCCUCCCCUUGGUGCCCCUGCUGAAGUGGAACCACGGCCUCCCCUCCGCGCCCCUGCUGGCCCAGCUGCUGCCCCCGCCCCGCACAGGCCUCCCGCGGCCGCUGCUCCUGGCAGGCCAGGGUGGGGAGCUGCAGCUGCUGCACAUCGCAGGAGAGGGGGCCUCCACACCCCGGCUGGCAGGGCCCCCCCAGUCUCUCCCUUCCAGGAGCGACUCCCUCUCUGCCUUCCCCCCACUGGAGCCCAAGAGUCAGUGGCGGCUGCAGGAACGUCUGACAGCACCAGCCAUAGGUCUGGCCGCCGCCAUCCCACCCUCUGCUAACACACCGGUGCUGUCGCUCUUCCAACUUUCGGCGGCUGGAGACGUCUUCCACCAGGGCCUCCACCUCCAGGCAGACCCCGGGCCUGACUCUCCUGCCCCCACGGCUUCCUGGACCCCCCAGGCCACUGCCUCCUGCAGCCGGUGGCUGAAGGCCCUGCUGGAGGUGCCCCCGGCUCCCCCCGUGUGGGCUGCACCCACCUUCUCCCACCGCCGCCUGCUGGGCUGCUUUGAGCCCCAGAAGGCAGAGGGCAAAGCGCCAGAGGGUCUCCGCACGGCCAUGGCCAAAGGGCGUCUCCUGCAGCUGAGGGACCUGGGCUUGCUCCCCACGGAAGAGCGGGCCCCAGCCCCCGAGCCAGGCCCCGAGGACGAGCUCAGCGAGCGUUUGGAGGCAGCCUGGGAGGGCCAGGCGGCGGCCUGGUGGGAGAGGCGGCGGGGCAGCAGCCUGGGGCCCGGCAAACAGCCCAAGCGGCACAAGCGCCGGACUCAGCUGUCCAACACCUUCUCCUCGCUCAGCGGCCGCUUAGACCUCUCAGACGCCGCCAGCCCCGCUCCCAGCCCAGAGCGGACACUCCCUGCGGCCAGGCCUCAGCCUCCAGUGACCCCGCCCUCCCAGGAGUCCACCCAGGAGCUGUGGGCCCGGGCCGUCCCCUCGGAGCGGCAGCAGACCCUCCGGGACUACAUGGCUGAGCUGCCGCUCCGGGGGGACGCCCCGGGGGGUGCCUCUGUGCCUUCCUCCCAGACCUCCAGUGUCCGGGCCACCCCCUCCCGGCAGCGGGCAGCCGUCCGCUCCGGCUCGCAGCCACACUGCAAGAAGCCCCGCAUGGGCUUCUGAGGCCCGGGGAAGCUGCCCCCCACCUCCGGGGAGCCCUUUGUCCUGGAUAAGCUGUGCCUCUUGUGGUUGAAACGGGAAACAGAACAGUCGCCAGGGUGCAGACCUUCCUGCUUUCCGAAGGCCUUCGUGACCGCGGGAGACAUUCAGAAGCGAUUUGAAUCCACGUUGGAGGAAGAAGGACAAGGUAGUCGUUUCUCCUGCAGCUCGUGCUCCCAGGGGCACGUUGAGAAGUCCUGGGAGCCCCGUCCUGAAGGUCAGUGUCGCCGGGAUCCCCUCCAGCCGACAGUGUUGUGCCAGAAAGCAGGGGCUCCAGGCGGCUGAGGGCUCCGCCACGCACGGGCCCCUGGGGACGUGGCGGGUGACGGUGAAGUGAGCUGCCCAGCCUGCCGGUGCUCCGCUGCUGGGUGUCGGCAGCUCGCUGCUGGUGGUGAGGUGUGUGUGUGUGAAGCGGUUUCUAGCACCAUCUAACGUUUUAUAGAGGGAGGCACUUUGGACCCAUGUUUAGGGGUUGAAUAAACUUGUCAGCUGAGCCUGGUUUUGAACGAUCAAGUUUCUCAGGCUGGGCUGCGUCCCCUUA